CAGAUUUUGAUCCAAUAAUAUUAAUCUCUCUACUCUCUCUACAUUCCUUUCCAACCUCUCACAGCCACCUUCGUACUCAUUUUCUUCAUUCAUUAUCUCCAACAGAAAACGAAAAUGGCUUCCAUCACUGCUACCGCUCCCACCUCAUCAAUCAUCCGUGCUGGCCUUGCCCCCAGGAGAUCACUGGGUGUCUCAGCUUCGCCUGUUAUCGGACUGCCAUCAAUGGCAAAUAAGGGAAAAGUGAGGUGCUCGAUGGAGGGAAAGCCUGAGAAGAAUGAGAGUGGAAUGAACACGGGGAUGUAUGCGUCAAUGGUUGCAGCAGCAAGUGCGUUGACCGUGUCGAGCCCGGCGAUGGGUUUGGUGGAUGAGAGAUUGAGCACGGAAGGGACAGGACUUCCAUUUGGAUUAAGCAACAAUCUUCUGGGUUGGAUUUUGUUCGGUGUGUUUGGUCUCAUCUGGGCUCUCUACUUCACUUACACUUCCACUCUUGAUGAGGAUGAGGAGUCCGGAUUGUCCCUCUAAAUAUAUCUCUAAAAUCAUCUUCCUUCUAUGCUGCCUGUAAAAAGAGUUUCCUUCUUUUUUCAGCUCCUCUGUUGUAGUAAAGCAACCUGCGCUUUCAUCCUUCGUCUGUCAAUUGCAUGAUUAAAAUUAUUUUUCCUUCA